UGUUUUAUCUUUGUGUUAUUGCUUCGAUAAAUACAAACAGAUAAUAGUUGGCACUCAACUUGUGUACAACAUCCAAAUUUUUCAGUAAUUGAUAAGAUACAAAAUCUUGUUUUUAUGUAAUAUUAUCGCACACCGAUUAAGUAAAAUAAGUUAGAUUAAAUGAAUAACAUUCGAAUGUUUCUUUCGAAAACAAGCGUAAAAAUGGCAAGGGCGUUCGGAGAUGCGCGGCCAAUUAACGCCAAAGUUUUUACUUUUGUUAAACAAUUCGACGGAUUUCCAAAAGAAACCGAUUUGAAGUUAGUGGAGGAGGAACUUCCGCCGCUGAAGAACGGAGAAUUUCUGUCUGAAGCUGUGUACUUAAGUGUUGACCCUUACAUGAGAGGCUAUGCCCCCACCCUAAAAUUAGGAUCAACAUUUAUAGGUUCACAAGUUGCUAAGGUAAUCGAAUCCAAAAACCCUAAAUUCCCAGUGGGUAAACAUGUGGUUGGUGAAUUCGGGUGGAGAACCCACACAAUUUCUACAGGGGAAAAACUUACCAGUGGUCUAGCAGGGGCAUGGCUGAUACCAAAUUUUGGAGAACUACCCUUGUCCCUAGCUUUGGGAACAUUGGGAAUGCCAGGCAAUACCGCCUAUUUCGGGCUGCUGGAAUUGUGUCAGCCUAAACCCGGUGAAACCGUCGUCGUGACAGGAGCAGGCGGAGCAGUAGGCAACGUUGUGGGACAAAUAGCGAAAAUCAAAGGGUGCAAGGUCAUUGGCGUAACGGGAUCAGACGAAAAGGGGAAAUGGUUAGUGGAGGAUUUAGGAUUUGACAAUUUUAUUAAUUAUAAAACGGACGAUGUAAAGCAGAAGCUCAAGGAGUACGCACCUAAUGGGAUAGAUUGUUAUUUUGACAACGUUGGUGGUGAGAUAAGUAAUACUAUCAUGUACUGCAUGAAUUUGUUUGGAAGAGUUGCGGUAUCUGGAGCUAUAUCUGCAUAUAAUGAUAAAAGUAUCCCAACAGCAACUAUUGCUCAGUACCCGCUAUUGUCUCAUCAGUUAAGAAUGGAAGGUUUUAUCGUCCAUAGAUGGGCAGACCGCUGGUUUGAAGGUAUCAAACAAAAUAGAACUUGGAUACAAGAAGGAAAGUUAAAAUAUCCUGAGACUGUGACAGAGGGUUUUGAAAACAUGUUUAAAGCUUUCACUGAUAUGUUGAAUGGUGUAAAUUUCGGGAAAGCUAUUGUCAAAGUCUAAUGACAGUUAACUACAUUUUUUAAAUAAACUACAAAAAAAUGGCUUAUCUUUUUUAAUUACA